AUCGUUAGUUUCGCGGGAAAGCUUUAGUUCUUGUUGAUACUGCGGGGGUGUAGAAGAUUGGAAGAAAGAAGCCGUCACUAUAAACCAUGGGUAGGAAAUCAUUGAAAUCCAAAGAGAAGAAACAGAAGAGAAAGGAGGAAAGUAUGCGGCUAGCUGUAGCUCAGGCCAAAGUAGAUGCUGCAAAUGAGUUAGCAGAUCCCUUACAGAUGUUUCCAGUGUUUCAGAAAUUUGAACGCAAUGGGUUAAACCUCAAUAUAGCAUGUGAGAGAAUCUCAGACAUGGCUGAAGAUCUGGUGGACUGGGCCUUCGAGCUGACAAAAAGCAACAUGCAGACAUUGUAUGAGACUGGGGGGUGGGGCUGGAAGGACAAAGAGAAACGAGCAGAGAUGACCGAGGACAUGGCCAGAUACCUCAUCGUCACUGACAGCGACAACAAACUUGUGGGCUUUGUUCACUUCAGAUUUGACAUAGAUUAUGAUGAAGAAGUAUUAUAUGUAUAUGAAAUCCAGCUUAUCAAGGAAGUUCGGAGGAAAGGUCUCGGCAAAUUCCUCUUACAGAUUUUAGAGUUAAUGGCUCACAAGACUCAGAUGAAAAAAGUCAUUCAGACAGUUUUCAAACAGAAUACAGCUGGAUAUGACUUCUAUACAAAAACAAUGAAAUAUGAGGUGGAUGAAACCAAUCCAGAGGAGUACGUUUUUGAGGAGGGUAAUUCCUACGUGAUACUCAGUAAAGCUAUCAAGCCCAGGAAGGUGGAAUCCAGCAACACAAAGGGAGCAAUACCGUCUGUAGCUGUCAGCAAUGGGACCCCAGGUGUAGUCACAAGUUGAUCCUUUGCAAAGAAUCAGUGCUGUUCAGAAUGAUGGGUUUUAUUAUGUCUUAUAGUCUCCAAAGCAUACAACUUUGUAUUCUAGAACAGGGUGGACAGGGAAAAUAUUUUUAUGCCUGUAAUAGUAAAUAUCAUUUUUAAAGUUCAUCCCAAAUUUUAAAAGGUCAUAUUAUUGGGUAUUCAGACGUGGAAACCAGUGUAUGUACUUGGUCAGGAGUUGCAGGACCUUUUUCUGUUCUAAUGAUAAUGCGUGAGAAAAGGUGUACCACUCAGGAAGCUCAAGUGUGCUUGCUGGCCCGAUACCCUUGAUGUAGCAAUCUGAGGCUGUACUCGCAAAGCUCACUUUGAUAACAUUACAAGCACAUAACUGUCAUGACCACAUAAAC